CAGCAGCAGUGUGCUCUCACACAGCUCACUCUGCCUACGCUGCGCUGCACUGAGAGAAGGAGCAACGGCUCUCUUAGGCUAUCACGUCACUCCGUGUUUAGGCGUUGAGCAGGAAACAGCCUUUCCUCUUAGAUUGUCGCAGUAGGAACAAACACAAUAUUUUUUCUUUACUCAAUGCACCCCUCGGCACAGAACACGCGGAACCCGACCAGAAGGAAAAAUGCUUCCUUCGACAGAGAUAGCUGUUCUGAUCCUCGGUGUCCUGCUUCUGGAAUCACCGUGGAGUAUCCAUGGCCCGCGCUUCGCUCGCGCGCUACAGAUCCAACAGGCAUUUGAGUGUCCAAACCUGACCAAUAAUUUCGUGGUUGACCAGGUAUCUACAAAAGUGUACCUGGCCACUGUCAACACCAUCUACCAGCUGAACGGGACCCUGAGUUUAGAGGUGGAGAAGAGGACCGGUCCGGUUGAGGACAACCUGUUGUGCCAUGCGCCACAGUUACCGCAGGCUCCGUGCGAGCAUCCGAAAUCCCUCACUGACAACUUCAACAAGCUGUUGGAGCUGGACAGGGAGCAGGGGGUGCUUCUGGUGUGUGGCUCCGUGUACCAGGGCUUUUGUGAGCUUAGGAAAAUGGAUAACAUAUCGGAGAUAGCGGUGGAGUUCCCCCCUCAGGGAGAGAAAACUGUGUUUCCCAGCAUGCUGAAUAUCGCAGCAAAUCACCCCAAUGCUUCCACCGUGGGGCUGAUUUUCAGGAGCCACGGAGGGAACACGCGGCUCCUAGUCGGGGCGACCUAUACUGGGGCUGGCACACCGUUCUUUCCGAAGAACCACAGCAAAGAGGACCUGCGCUUCGAGAACACGCCGGAGAUUGCCAUUCGGUCUCUGAACAUCAAGGACUUAUCCCGGCUUUUCACUUAUGACAUCAACCCGUCCGAGGAUAACGUGUUUAAAAUUAAACAGGAGGUGAAACCAAAAAACAAACUUAACUUUGUACAUGCAUUUAUACAGAAGACGUAUUCUUACAUUGCGAUCAACAAUGACGCAAAAAUGGGCCAUAAGGAGAGCCAGCCCAAUAGCAUCCUUGCCAGGAUAUGUUUGGACACUGAUAGUACACGCAAACCCACUUCGGGCGCAGAGAGUCGGAAACUUACAGAAUCCUACAUCCAGAUGCCGCUACAAUGUGGAUCUAACGGUAACAUAUAUAACCGGCUUGUGUCCGUCCACCCAGCCGAGAUCCAUACGGACUCCUACCUCUUCGGCGUGUUUGCAAAAGCGGACAGAAAGUCUGCUCUGUGCGCGUUUAGAUUCGCAGACAUCGAGGAGGAGAUCCGACAGGGUCGUAAGAACUGCUCCAACUCCCCCAGCAGCGAUGUGCAGGUGCUGGACAGCGUCAUUCAGGGCUCUGGCGCAGCGUGCAUACACAAGGGCACUCUGGUUCUGCAGCCGGAGCAGCUUGACUGUGGGGCAGCCCACCUCCAACACCCCCUGGCACUCCGCAGGCCCCUGAGGGCCACACCCCUUUAUGAGGCCAUAGGGCUCACCUCAGUUGCCGUGGACAAUAUACACAACCACACUGUGGUCUUCCUGGGAACCAGCACUGGACGACUGCGCAAGCUGACCCUCCUAAGGAACCUGACUGUGGCCAAUCAGUGGACACUGAAGCUAAGACCUGGCGAAUCAGUUCACCACAUCAUGACCUUCGACCCCAACGACAGGAACUUCCUUUACGUCAUGACAGCUCACCAUCUGCUGAGGGUGAAGGUGGCGGUGUGUGACCAGUACGGCAGCUGCAGUGACUGUCUGGGAGCUGGAGACGCCCACUGUGGCUGGUGUACACUGGAGAACAGGUGCACCAUCCAGAAGGAGUGUAUCCUGGGACGGAUGGCUCGCUCCUGGAUCGGGAUGGGCGAGGGAUCCCAGCAGUGCCCCUCCAUGACCCUCACCCCCCCUGAGAUCAGCGUGUCUGCAGACAUCAAGGAUGUAGGAAUUUUGAUCAACGGCAGUGUACCUGAUCUAAUUGGCUCCCGUGUGGAGUGUGAUUAUGGAUUGGGCGUAUCCACGGCAGCCACCGUACACCUGGAUUAUGGGCCUGCCCAGAUCCAGACCUGCCCCCUCCUCCCCCGCGACAGGUACCCCAACAUCCCCCCUGGCAGAGAUCAUCUGACAGUUCCCGUGGCAAUAAAAGUGAACGGAACUGCUGUGGUGUCAGGAAGCUUUGUCAUCUAUGACUGUGAGAGGACGGGCAUGAUACAUCUCAAGACUGCGUGUGGUAGCUGUCUGAGCACCAGAUGGAAGUGUUACUGGGACCAGCAGAGCCACUCAUGUGUCUCCAGUAAAGAGGACUCCACACACACCCUCCUGGAGAACGCUGCUUCCUGUCCCGGCCUCGUAGCCCCAGAGGUUCCCCCGUUGCCCUCAGGGAUGACCCAGGACUUCAUCCUGUCGCUACGCAACGUGGAAGAGGGGGAGGAGCUGGAGUGUGACCUGGGGACUGGACAGCGCUACGAGGCCCAGUGGCAGGGUAGCUCAUCAGUCAGAUGCACUAGUGUAACACUGUUCACGACAGAGAGCAGUCAGGUGUACCAGCUCAGUCUGCGGAGGAAGGGCUACCAGGACAAAUACAUAGACGGCCCUCAACCCAUGAGAGUGGAGGUGUACAACUGUGGGGUGGGCAGUGCAGACUGCUCCCAGUGUUGGGGCCGGGAGGACCAGGGUCAUCUCUGUGGCUGGUGUGACAACAGCUGCAGGUCCAGGGACGAGUGCCAGCCUGCCGGAGACCAGUGUCCCGACCCGGAGAUCUACAAGGUAGGCUGUGUUGCCGCACACACAUUCACACACACAUGCACACACCCACACACAUUCACACACACAUACACAAACACAGUACUCCAUAGAAAAACAACAGGGAGCAUCAGCCUGUGCACCCAGGAGGUAGAACAGGAGAAGCAGCCAGGAUCUCAGGGGUUUGGAUGUGGGGUGUUGGUGUGUUUUCAUCUGUCUGAAGAUGCACAAUGUGGACGUCCACUCUGGUAUUUCUUCCCCAGGCUGGUGUGUGUGACCAGGACGUCCUCGUAUGAGAUGAAUGAUAAGGUCCGAGUUACAGUGAGACAGAGCGCCAAAGGAGAGUCCAAAGAGCUGUUCUCAUACUUGGUGCCCAAGCUGCUGUCCAUGGAGCCCAGGAAGGGCUCUCGUGCCGGGGGAACCAGGGUGACUAUCACAGGGGAGCACCUGGACACUGGCUCCCUGGUUCACAUCAGGGUCAACGGUACCCAACAGUGUUCCAUCCUCACCCAAACAGCAGACACCAUUGAGUGCACCAUGCCUGCGGCCGUGCACACACACACCGAGGCGGUGACGGUGUGUGUGGAGUUUGAGGACAUUCCCUGUCAGAACCCUGCCCUCAGCACCAUGUACACCUAUGAGAAGAACCCCAGCAUCAGCUUCAUCAAGCCCAACAAGAGCUACCUCAGCGGUGGUCGAACCAUCACAGUGACGGGGAAGGGCUUUGAUCUGGUGCAGAGUGUAACACUGGAGGUGCUGGAUGUUGGCCAGGCGGCCUGUAAGGUGCGGUCUCCUUCCAUGAUCACAUGCUCCACCCCAGCCUCCAGCCAAUCCCAGCUGGCCACACUGAAGUUCUUCCUGAACAGAGUCCUUUACACAGGAGAUAGCCCUGCCUCCUAUGAUGAAGGGGAGGAAGAGGAGGAGCCUCACGGAGGGCACUUCCUGUUGGAGUACGUGGAGGACCCUCAGUUCUUCACAGCCACAAAAGAGAAGCUGAUCAAACACCACCCUGGGGAGCCACUCACACUCAUCAUCAAUAAAGGGCCAAGCGUUCUGGAACUGGCGCCGGAAGAAUACUCUGUGAUGAUUGGCUCCUAUCCCUGUGACAUCAGCUUCCACAAUGACCAGCUGUUCCACUGCACCAUCAACGGUUCAAUGAGUUCCAGCGAGACAGACCUACCAGUGACAGUACAGGUGGGGAAUUUCCGUCGCAUCAUAGCCAAGGUGCAGCUGGGUGGCAGUGAGCUGGCCAUCACCAUCUCCAUCGUCGUGUGUUGUGUGCUGCUGCUGCUGUGCACUGUGGCUCUGGUGGUGUAUUGUACCAAGAGCCGCAGGGCCGAGCGCUACUGGCAGAAAACCCUGCUGCAGAUGGAGGAGAUGGAGUCUCAGAUCAGAGAGGAGAUCCGCAAAGGCUUUGCAGAGCUGCAGACAGACAUGACAGACCUGACUAAGGAGCUGAACAGCAGCCAGGGCAUCCCCUUCCUGGAGUACAAGCAGUUUGUCACACGGACCUUCUUCCCCAAGAUGUGUUCAGACUAUGAGAAGAGUCUGGUCCAGCCCGUCUAUGAGACUGACGCCCUCGGACCCCGAGCCCUCCCUGAGACACACCCCCUUCUUCAGGACUGGCAGCCCUCAAACACAGGCAGGCCUAAUAUGGAGGAGGGCAUCACUCUCUUCUCCACUCUUCUCAACAACAAACACUUUCUAGUCACGUUUGUGCACGCGUUGGAGCAGCAGAAGGACUUUGCUGUGCGUGACAGGUGUAGCCUGGCCUCUCUGCUCACCAUCGCCCUCCAUGGCAAGCUGGAGUACUACACCAGCAUCAUGAAAGACCUGCUGGUGGACCUGAUCGAUGCUUCUGCCUCCAAGAACCCCAAGCUGAUGCUGCGUCGCACAGAGUCUGUGGUGGAGAAGAUGCUCACCAACUGGAUGUCCAUCUGCAUGUACAGCUACCUCAAGGAGACUGUGGGCGAGCCCUUCUUCCUGCUGCUGUGUGCCAUCAGGCAGCAGAUCAACAAGGGCUCCAUCGACGCCAUCACAGGGAAGGCCCGCUACACCCUCAACGAGGAGUGGCUGCUCCGGGAGAACAUAGAGGCCAAGCCUCAGAACAUCAACGUAUCGUUCCAAGGCUGUGGCAUGGACUCCAUGUGUGUCCGCGUCAUGAACACAGACACCAUCUGCCAGGUGAAGGAGAAGAUCCUAGAUGCCUUCUACAAAAACCUGCCCUUCUCCCAGUGGCCCAGGGCAGAAGACGUAGACCUGGAGUUGUUUGCCUCUGGCUGUAACAGCAGAAUCCUGCAGGACCUCGACAACUCCUCCGUGAUGGAGGACGGCAGGAAAAAGCUCAACACAGUCUGCCACUAUCAGAUCCCUGAGGGGGCGUCGCUGGCCAUGAGCAUGAAAGACAAGAGAGACAACACUCUGGGGAGAGCCAAAGACUUGGACACAGAGAAAUAUGUACAUUUGGUCCUGCCUAAUGAUGAGCCGAUGGAGAACAGGAAGUCCCACAGGCAGAGCCACCGUAAGAAGGUCCUCCCAGAGAUCUACCUGACCCGCCUGCUCUCCACCAAGGGGACUCUGCAGAAGUUCCUGGACGACCUGUUCCAGGCCAUACUCAGCAUCCCGCCCGAGCGCCCCCCACUGGCCAUCAAAUACUUCUUUGAUUUCCUGGAGGAGCAGGCAGACAAGAGGGGCAUCACAGACCCGGACACCCUGCACAUCUGGAAGACCAACAGUUUACCUCUGCGCUUCUGGGUGAACAUCCUGAAGAACCCCCAGUUUGUGUUUGACAUCGACAAGACGGACCACAUGGACGCCUGUCUGUCCGUCAUCGCCCAGGCCUUCAUCGAUGCCUGCUCCGUCUCAGACCUGCAGCUGGGCAAGGACUCUCCCACCAACAAGCUGCUGUAUGCCAAGGAGAUCCCAGAGUACAAGAAGAGGGUGCAGUGCUACUACCGGCAGAUACAGGAGAUGGCGCCACUGAGUGAGCAGGAGAUGAAUGCCCACCUGGCUGAGGAGUCAAGGAAAUACAGAAACGACUUCAACACCAACUUGGCUUUGACAGAGAUCUACAAAUAUGCCAAAAAAUACAGACACCAGGUGGUGAUUGCGCUGGAGUCGAACCCAACUGCCCGCCGCACUCAGCUGCACCACAAGUUUGAGCAGGUCAUAGCUCUGGUGGAGGACAACAUCUACGAGUGCAGCAGUGAGGCUUGAGUCUCCCUCCAUACGGCCCUCUCUCCUCCACAUCCACCCCUCCUGCCACCCCCCGUCUGGGCCUCAGAAGCCAGGAAACCCCCAGGUCUAGUUACUCUACCCUGGACUGGGAGAGAUGGCAGGUAGAACUUCAACACUGGCAGACAUCCUGGAGUGGGAGCACUAUGCUGUAGGAUGAGAUAUAGCCUGAGGAAGGGUUUGUCCUGAGUCAGAGUGGAGAGGGGCCAGCAUCUGGAUGACUUCACUGUUGUGAGGACCUGGAGUCCGAGCAGCCAUCUUAUGCACUGAGCCCCGUAUUUGGGAACGAGCCAUUGAUGCACUGUACUGUAUGAUAAUGUCCAUAGCAAUAUUUAUAGAUGUGUUCUAAUGUUUCCCAUGGCCCAUUCAUCAGUAUGAUUAUGAAUGAGAAUGACACACUCCUCCAAUUGUCUUGCACCUGCGCUGUUCUCAGGUCUGAUCGGUGGACAAAUAGCUCCAUGUUGCUUUGAACUACAAAGUCCCACUGGGGUUUCCAGGGUGACGAUGGGUUUAAGGAGAGAAGAGCAUUAGAUUGAAAGAAUUUAUUUAGAUCAUGACUGGACUCUUGACUAAAAAAUAUUGUUGAUUUGGGAGAAUUGCAUUGUAUGUUUGAAGAGCUUUUUUUAUUUGUAUAUGUAUGAAAACAAAAUAAGAGGGACAUUUAAGACCACCUAAUCCAAUAGAGAAUGUUCUGACAUUACUGUAUUUGUGAUGCCAAAUAAUGUGUCAGGUUUGUGAAAAUAAAAUGUUCUGCACCAA